CUUUCUGUAGUUCUUUAUUACAUCUUAUUCAGUCCCGUGUCAGGUACGGGGCGUGUGUCGCAGAAACUAUAGACCAGAAGUGAUAUGGGCUUGGACUUGAUUGCAGCAACUUGGGGAAGUUUUGCGGAUAGGUCGUCAUCGGUUGCAUGCCUCAAACAGGAUUCACCUCCGUUACCUCUCCAGUCUGACCACUAGCUGUCUCCCAUCAGUUCAGACAUACUUGUAGGUCCACCCAAAAGUGGACAGCGGGACACAUUUGUGUACAAAAUUAAACGAAAUGCGUGACGUUUAUACUCAUUGAGAGAGCACAAAGACGUUCACAAAGACAGGUCACUGCACUGUACGCAGCCUACAAAUGCACUUGCGGUGUCAGAGUGGUCUCUGGCAAUUAAUUUUGAUGCAAAAUGACGAACGGAAACGCAUGAAACACUUGGCGGCGGCUCGAAGGCUGCAAUCGGCAUCAAAUUAAGUCGUCGCGAAUUGCGUGACGCUCGUACCGCGACACCCGUGUCCUUGCCGGCGCUUCUCAUGAAUUAUCCGUUGUGCAGCGACGACUGGGCGAGUUUGCAGCGGCGGGCGUUACGUAAGGCUUUGCGUUUUGUCGAGCAGGUUCACCCGAAUCCGGUACGCGCCGAGUUGUUCGUGCCGCGUGUCAGCGCCGUGGUGGCUGACCGCGUGAACGGCCGGUGGACGCAUGCAUGCGGACGGCACGCGGAUCCGCCUCGGCCGCUCUAUCUCCGGCGUGCGCCGCCGCUAUCGUGGGGCUCGCAUGGGCGGCAACUGCUUGCCAUCGUCGCGGUCGGCUAGGGGACAUCGCUUCUCCAGCCGGGCCCGAGGCAGGUGCGCGCGUGCGGGGACCCCAAAGUCGUGGUUUGGCGCGCGUUCGCCCGCGUGUCUGGGAUGCAGCAGCGGAAGCCGGCGAACGAGCAGCGCCGGUUCGAGCGGGGAUGGGUGCCGCCCCCUCCUCUCCCUCGCGGCGUCACUCGCCUGCUAGUUGGGGCGCACGCACGCACACGCGCUUUCUGAGACCGCCCGCGGCAGGCUUGAGAAAGCGCGACGGCCAGCCGCUGCAAGGAGGCACUGUGUUUUUUUCUGUCCGAGGCCCCGCACGCUCCCAGCCCGGCACUGCUCCCGAGAUGCGACCACCGCGUGUCGACUAGUCGGGCUCGUCGCCGUCGUCUACCACUCCGCGCGCCGCAUGGCCCCCCGGCUCUGGCUCUGGCUGCACGUGGCAACAGCCAUGGUCGCAGUGUCGUGCACCUACCACCAUGAACGUCACCCUCACAUUAGAAGAUCCCAUACAGAGCAUCACCACUUCCUAGGCAAUUUUCCACUUAAUGGCACGAAGGGCAAAGACAGCCAUAUCAGCUUGGACUCGAGACCGUCAUCAGGACCGCUGCCAUACAGCGCGCCUUACGAGGACCGAGCGCAGCCCACACCGUCGGGCCACAGCACCAGGCGACACCAAAGGCAUCAGCAUCGAAGGCGGACACACAGUCACAGGGUGCCAGACAUAAUUUAUAGCUUCGGCAGCCAGUCGGCGGCCAAGCUUCUUUACAGGGGAAAAGGCUACCGCGUCGGGCCCUACACAGGCUAUGUGGACGUGUGGACGAUACCGCGCCAAUCUCGACCGCAGUACUUGCCUCCGCCUCGGCUGACGCCACCCCCGUCGCCACCACCUUCGCCGCCGCAUCUUCAGCGACAGGAGGAGCACUUCCCAGAGGGAACCGCUUUCGCCAGAGUGCUGAUCGCGCCCGAACCGAGCAACGCCGUGUCGCCCGCCGAGCCGCGGACGUGCCUUCGCUGUCCCAAGGACCGCACGGUGUGGGUGGGGCCGGGCUUCUCGUGCGCCGAGGUGCCCAAGCCUCGGUUGCGCCCUUGCUCCAGGCUUGCGUCUCUUCCAGGAGAAGUGCGCAUGACAGCCACCGCGGGGCCGCAGCCGGGCUCACUCGUCAUGGAGGGUGUCUACCAGAUGGGCUUUACGUUCCAGGCGCCAGGCAUUGCGCCCCAGAGCUGUCACUACAAGCUCAGGGUCAAAGUGCGUCGCUGUCCAGCGCUGCAACGACUCCACAACGGGGGCGCGCGUUGCAGCCGAGGCCGCCACUGGGGCAGUCGGUGUCGCUUCUUCUGCAAACCGGGCUACGCGCUCGAACAGCGGGUGGCAGCUCGCUGCGCCAUUCAUGACGGCGUGCGGGUCACCUGGACGCCCCACCCAGCGCCCGUCUGCAGGGCGAAGAAUGAUUCGGCACCGACAGCUACGACAAACGCCAUCAUCCCGGAUACGGUCAUGCCGACUCGGCCCGCAACAGAGGCCAGCGUGCCCACGACGCCUUCGAAGAAAGUGUUUCCUGCCACCGGCUCCCCGCGGCCGCCGAAGCGCUGGAAGCAGCUGGCUUGUCGCUGGCCCAAGGCGCCGUUGCACGGAUGGGUGUCGUGCGAUCGCGGCGCGACGCGCAAGGCCCGGGUCGUGGCCCGCGAGGGCACCCGCUGUCGCCAGGGCUGCCGGUGGGCGCCGCAGAGCGUCGUGACGCACUUCUCCUGCGUCGCGGGUGCGUGGCAAGGAAGGAAAGCCCUGGGCUGCACGGGACCCCCGCAGGCUUCGACAGAACCGGCACCCACGGAGCUGCCCCGGACAACAGAGAGCGGAUGCGAGGGCCCAUCGCCGGUGCCAAACUCCGCACUUGAAUGCUCGGCCGAUGCCAACACCCUGGGCAGGCGACCCGUCGACACGAUCUGCAGGCACGUGUGCGACAAGGGAUACGACGUCUUGCCGAGUCAACUACCAUUGGCCCAAGUCACUUGCCUAGCCAACGGAAAGUGGCACCAGGAAGAUCAGCCGCGUUGUGUCAAGAGUGGUUGUGCCAGCCCUGUCAUUCUGCCCAACUCUUUGCUCGACUGUUCAAAACAAAUCAAUCACCUCGGAAACAGGCCUACAGGAACGAUUUGCAAAGUCGCAUGCAAAGAAGGGUUUAUACUUUCACCAAACCAGCAACACGUUAACGAGAUCAUUUGUGAAGAGGACGGCACAUGGAACCAGACAGCAGAGUUUGAGUGCCACAAAAGCGGAUGCUCAAGUCCUGAUCUGGUUCCUGACUCCUCGCUGGAAUGUUCAAACGACGCUAACCACCUUGGCCACCACCCGACAGGCACGUCGUGUAAAAUUGUGUGUAACAUGGGUCUUGGUCUUCCGCCGGACAUGCAGGCUCUUAACCACUUUGUUUGCCAAGAAGACGGUACUUGGAACCAGACUACACAGCUGGAAUGCAGCAGUAUCGGUUGUCCAAGUUCAAAACAAGUGCCUGGUUCCUCGCUGGAAUGCUCUAUGGCCGCCAACCGUUUCGGCAAGCACCCUACAGGCACGAUCUGCAAGGUAGUGUGCGCCGACGGACUUUCGCUGCCAUCGAGCCUGCAAUCCCUUAAUCAAUUUGUGUGCCAAGAAGACGGCACGUGGAAUCAGACGACACAGCUAGAAUGCCGCAAUAACGGAUGCCCGAGUCCGAAACCAGUGCCGGACUCUUCGCUGGACUGCUCUGCAGACGUUGACCAAUUCGGCCAGUGGCCUACAGGCACGGCCUGCCAAGUUGUGUGUGCCGAUGGACUUGCACUUCCGUCGAGCCUCCAGCCUCUUAACUAUUUUAUGUGCCAAGAAGACGGCACGUGGAAUCAGACGACACAGCUAGAAUGCCGCAAUAACGGAUGCCCGAGUCCGAAACCAGUGCCGGACUCUUCGCUGGACUGCUCUCCAGACGUUGACCAAUUCGGCCAGUGGCCUAUAGGCACGGCCUGCCAAAUUGUGUGUGCCGAUGGACUUGCACUUCCGUCGAGCCUCCAGCCUCUUAACUAUAUUGUGUGCCAAGAAGACGGCACGUGGAAUCAGACGACACAGCUAGAAUGCCGCAAUAACGGAUGCCCGAGUCCGAAUCCAGUGCCGGACUCUUCGCUGGACUGCUCUGCAGACGUUGACCAAUUCGGCCAGUGGCCUACAGGCACGGCCUGCCAAGUUGUGUGUGCCGAUGGACUUGCACUUCCGUCGAGCCUUCAGCCUCUUAACUAUUUUGUGUGCCAAGAAGAUGGCACGUGGAACCAGACAGCACAGCUAGAAUGCCGCAACAGCGGAUGCGCUAGACCAGACCCGGUUCCUGGCGCCUCGCUGGAAUGUUCAAAAGAUGGCGAAGACCUUGGAAAGUGGCCUACAGGCAGCAUCUGCAAUGUAGUGUGCAACGAGGGCCUUGCACUUCCACUGAACCUGCAGUCUCUGAACCUCUUUGUUUGUCUGGAAGAUGGAACGUGGAAUCAGACAGCGCAGUUGGAAUGCCGCGAGACUGGAUGCGCAACCCCGGAUCCGGUGCCUGAAUCUUCAUUGAAAUGCUCAAAAGGCGCCAACCAGCUGGGAAAUCGGCCAACCGGCACGGUCUGCGAAGUACGCUGCAACGAAGGAUUCACGCUUCCGUUAAUCCAUCAAUCCUCUAGCCAGUUUGUUUGCCAGGAGGACGGCGUGUGGAACCAGACAGCUCAGUUAGAAUGCAUCAAGAGCGGAUGCGUGAAUCUGGAUCUGACACCCAACUCUUCACUUGAGUGUUCACACGAAGUCAACAAUCUCGGCAAUCGGCCAACUGGCACGAUUUGCAAAUUUGUUUGCUCCAAGGGAUUUACACUUCCAUCGAACCAGCAGUCCUUUGACCAGUUUGUUUGCCAAGGGGACGGUACGUGGGACCACAAGACACAUUUAGAAUGCCACAGAGUUACUUGUGAUAGCCCGCCCAAAGUGUCCAAUUCUGUCUUGGAGUGUUCCAACGGCACCAGCGAAGAUGGAAAGUGGCAGGUCGGAACGCUGUGUCGGUAUACUUGCAACGAAGGAUACGCCGUUCCGAAAAUACAAGAUGGGCUUAACUCAUUCAUCUGUCGCGAGGAUGGCACGUGGAGCUUGACAGAUCAGUUGCUCUGCGAAGAAGCAGGCUGUAAAAGUCCGACACAAGUGGAAGACUCCGUACUCAACUGCACGGCGGAGGCCAACAGUUUAGGGAGAUGGCCCACAGGCGCGAUAUGCUCAUAUGAUUGCAAAGAAGGAUAUGGUCUCGCGACGAACCAACUUCCUUUCAGCCGCAUUGCGUGUCACGACGACGGCACGUGGAACCAAACGGAACAACUGCGCUGCAAAAAAACCGGCUGCGAGGAUCCUUCUGCUGUCCAGUUUUCUAUGGUGAACUGUUCAGGAACUGCUAAUACAUUCGGACGGUGGCCUGUGGGAACCGAGUGCUCACAUGUAUGUGACGAAGGAUAUGCAGUUUCUCGCCACGAAGUUCAUCUUAAUUUAUUUAUUUGCCUUGAUGACGGCACCUGGAAUCAAACCGAAGGUCUUCACUGUCGGGAAACCGGCUGCGAAGAACCAGGAAAGGUGCCGCACUCAGCCUUAAACUGCUCCUCCGAUUUUAAUGCUUUAGGAAAACGGCCAUUUGGUACGGUGUGUUCAUACGUGUGUAAUGAAGGUUUCGCCGUUCCUCGGGACCUAGAGCCACACAACCAAUUAGUUUGUUCUGAAGACGGUUCUUGGAAUCAGAAGGAGGAGUUGCUAUGCCUAAAAACUGGUUGUGAGAGCCCACAGGUUGUACAGAACUCCGUCCUUCACUGCUCUGAAAGUGCCAAUGUAAUUGGCAAUUGGCCGGCCGGGACAACCUGCCAGCAUAUAUGUGAUAAUGGAUUUGUGAUCCCGCAAAGCCAACUCGGUCUGGGCGAUAUUACCUGCCUUGACGAUGGAACGUGGAACGAGACCGGCAUCCUGCAGUGUCUCAAGCUUCGAGAUCCCCAGCUAUCUCAAGGCUGCAAAGACGAAGUGGUGGUCGUGGACGGACACAACGUAUCGUUUCCAGUCACCAUCGAAGCACCAACAUUCAAAGCAUUCAACGGCACCAAUGCCGCCGUUCGUUGUACCGCCACGCACGUGACCACCUAUGGUACGCACGUCAUCGUUUGCGACGCCGUCGACACCGAGCUUCAAUCUACAUCUUCGUGCACGUACAACGUUACUGCACUUGCCUCCGGGUGCCCGCCGCUGCAAAGCGAUCCGUACAGCCGGGUGUCCUGCUCUGCCGACCGCAACGUCACCGAGGGUCACCUGCACCCAGUGGGCGACGUGUGCGAGUACAUCUGUCAGCGGCACGGCUACGUCAUCCCCCAGAGCAAGGUCGACUCGGCCGUGAAGGAGUGCUUGCCCAACGGCUCCUGGAGCAACGACGACUUCGAUCUAUGCGAGGAGCAACUAGUCCCACUGCGGGUAAGUGGUUGCGAGGACAUGGAAUUCGGCACCGACGAACUGGGCAACACGACCGUGCCACGGCCCCUGUUCCGCACCCCUUCCGGACUAGUCAAUGCCACCUGCACACCGGAGAUGCUGGUCGACUUUGGCGACCACGUGAUCCACUGCGUUGCGGAGGACCACGACCUCAGGUCUUCGGCGUCCUGCUCGUUUAAGGUAAUAGUCAAAGGUGAAACUGUUCCCCGCCUUCGCGAAACGGGGCCCGGUUGUGUAGACGUCCAGGAAGUUCACGACAAGUAUCCAGUGCACCUAAAGCCUCCCGCCUUCGAGGCGGCGUCCGGCGGCGCCGCCUUGGUCAUCUGCGAUCCGGCCACUCUGCUUGGGCCCGGCGCGUACAACGUCACCUGUACGGCUAGAGACAAUAAAACCCAGGCAGAAACACAGUGUGCCUAUGUUGUGAACGCGAGGCAGAUCGAGCAGUUCCGGGAGUCGCAGUGUUUGUCUCUAAGGGCCCCCGCGAACGGCGACAUCCGGUGCAAGCGGCGCAUGGGGCUCAUCAAAUGCCGCUUCUCGUGCUUCCCCGACCACGUGAUGAGCACCAAGUCGUUUCCCCUGCUGGCCAGGGGCUACGUGGUCUGCGACCGCGCCCAGCGAGACCGCUUCGACUUCCAGGAGGAAUACGGACUCGACGAGCUGCCCGCCUGCACGCGCCUUCCGACGCCCACCUACUUCCAGGGGAGCCUCACUUUCCACGUGGGUCUCCCGAGCUGCUCCCUAGAGAACCUGCACACGGACUUCAUGCCGACGCUGACCGAGGCGCUGCUCGACCGGGCGGCUGAUGUGUGCCUGCAGGCUGAUUGCGACAACGUCACCUUCAUGUGCGAGACAGCUGUUCUCCGCAAUUCAUCUGAUCCUUCCUCCGCGUCGGAUGCUAUGAAGGUUGUCUGGACUGUGCAGGCACGGCACAAUGUCAACGCAAGCUAUGACAUCCCCGAGGCCGAGACAGUGAUCGAACAGAUCCAGGUGCUCACGCACGACAUCGUGACGUCGGAUCCAGGUUUCUACCAAGAAAUCGCAAAAGUUGGCGGUGACCUUUGGCGGGACUCCUUCCGCCAGUCUAAGUUCACGUUGGUCUGCGGCAGCCGUGGCUUCACUAUUGAUGAUCACACGGCUCACUGUGUGCCAUGUCCAAGUGGAACGUUCGAGGAGCACGGCUCGUGCCACCCAUGCCCACAAAACCACUACCAGGACUCUGAGGGCCAGACAAGCUGCAAGCCCUGCCCUAAGCACACUUUCUCCUUCGAAGGGGCCAAAAUGGUUAAGGACUGCACUGAAUUCGCCGGCCCGAACGUGCCUCCUCCGGCCAGGGACGCUCCUGCGUGGCAACCACACGAGAGGCACGGACCUUGCUCUCCAAACCCGUGCCGGCACCAGGGCAUUUGCUACCUCCAGAGGGGUGGCUACACCUGCCUCUGCCAGCAACAUUAUCGAGGUCGCCACUGCGAGGAAUCAGCGUAGCGUCGGUGCCCAGCGGCUCUUCAACUACGGCAGCUCCUUGUUCCGGGCGGGACCCAGCGGUCCUCCGGUCUACGUGACGUGAACCAAUAAAGGACAUCCCGCAGCUGAUGGC